GUGGUUGCAAAGCCCGACUUGGGUGGGUGAAUACAUUUUAAUUAUUUAUGCUAAUAAUAGUGUUCCAAAUAGCAAUGGUAAAAAUCACCAUGCAAUCUGUAUUAGCUCAUUGCUUGGCAGCCCGACAGCUCUCUGCUACUCGAUGUCAAAAGAUAAUAAACAGUAUUGUUGAAGACUGGGGGUUUUGAGUGCCUCUCCAAUAUAUAGGUGCCAUAGUUGCCUAGCAACCUAAAUGGAUUGCCAGGACCAAGGAUGACCAUGAUAACAAGAGCAUAUCGUGCAGCUACAUCGAAUCAGUUACCGUCAGCCCGUACUGCAUGGAAGGGUAUGGGGAGAAGGCGUUUUUGCAGCUUGGCUGUUCGCCCUUCACCCAUAUUUCUACAGAUUGUGAUCCUAGUUACACUGGCGUCUUCAGUUAACUCAGCGUGCAAGAUACUCAAGUGCUCAAAGGAAUAUGCCGAUAAUACGGAUCAUUUGUCGCCCACGUCGGACGCUGAAUAUUGUGAUGCGUUACGUUUGUACCGUAGUUGUGUAGAUGCUACAGCCCGUACUUGUCGCGGGGAUCUUCAUUAUCAUACUACAGUGACUCUUAUUCCGGAUCUAAUGCAAACCUAUAACUGUUCCAACACCCCCCCGGCUCACGGCGGGGGCUCGCAUCAUUCGAGACCGACUCCAAAACCAUCGGAAGUUGAAACGCGGUGUAGCAGCCACCAUGGACCCCGUACCUUCAAACACUGUGGUCUUUUUGGAGACCCGCAUUUGAGAACGUUUGACGAUGUGUUUGAAACGUGUAAAGUUGCUGGAGCGUGGCCGCUCAUAGACAAUCGUCAUUUAGCUGUACAAGUUACUAAUGUGCCUUUAGUGGACGGUUCUAGUGCGACAGCAACUGACCAGUUGACGGUCAUUAUCAAAGGGCAUUCAGAGUGCUCAGAACAAAAACUUUACCAGGCCCAGACGGGUAAUUUACCGGCGUCGUUUGUUGACGGCACCUAUAGCAGUGGACCCGGCAGGAGUCUUGUCAUUGUGGAGAUUUUGCCUGGAAAACAUGUGGAAAUCCACGCCAAAUUUAUCGCCACCACGAUUGUUGUGCGGCAAGUCGGAAGCUACCUUACUUUUGCUAUUCGCAUGCCAGGAGAUCUGGUCGACACUGGUGUCAAAGACGGACUCGAACUUUGUGUUAAGGGAUGUCCGCACCAAGAAAAAAUAGAUUUCAACGAACUGUUGUCAUCGCCAAAUCAAAUAAAAGAUACCAGCGGACUUGUCAUGUCCAAGGAAACCGCGAUUGCCAAGUGCUUAGAGGCCAAUGUCACGGACUUCUACUUUGACUCCUGUGUGUUUGACCUUAUUACGACGGGAGACGUCAAUUUUACAAUGGCUGCCAAAAAAGCACUAAAAGACUACCAAGAGCUUCUUCCAAAUGCUAACGUGCACCGUAACAGGACUACGGACGUGCCGUUACAGAAUAAAACCUCACUGGAGGUGGCUUACAAUCGUGCCCCCUCAAGGACUACAAACUGUUGGACGCUAGGGGCCUGUAUUGUCUUACUUGUUUUAUUAUCAAUGAUGGGAGAAAGCAGACAUUAGCGUAACUAAUAUAAUAAUAUAUAUUACAAAAAUAUCUUCUAUACAAUAUUACAUGAGAACACAGAAGUGCUGUAUAUAUGUUGAGUCAAAAAAACAUUUUGAUGGUUAUGUGCUUUUUAUUUUUUUUAGAAAGGCACUUGUAGGGAUAGCUAAAAUCCUCUACAGAUCUGCAGAACAUGUACAUAAGAUGUGAACAAAAACUGUUUAGAUCAGUAAUAAUUUAUAUAAAAAAGAUAAACCCUAUCACGGGUCA